AUGAAUCAAAUAACAAGUUAUUGGGCUACACUCAUAACCAUAGUGUGGAUGAGUGUGACAGUGACAUUAUCAAAGGGUAUUCGACCUAUGGUUGAUGAACAUAAUGAGCAAGGUAAUUUUGAAGUAGUAAGGAAAAAAUGGGCAUUACUAGUUGCUGGUUCAAAAGAUUACCCAAAUUAUAGGCACCAAGCCAAUAUUUGUCAUGCCUACCAUGUAUUAAAAAAUGGUGGCCUUCAAGAUGAAAACAUAAUUGUUUUCAUGUAUGAUGAUAUUGCCUACCAUAAAGAAAAUCCAAGGCAAGGUGUUAUAAUCAAUAGGCCAGAUGGUCCUAAUGUUUAUCCUGGUGUUCCUAAGGAUUAUACAGGGAAUAAUACAAACGCAGAAAACUUUUUUGCUGUGCUUAAUGGCAACCUAAGUGGUAUUACUGGAGGGAGUGGUAAAGUACUGAACAGUGGCCCAAUUGAUACCGUCUUUAUUUACUAUUCAGGCCAUGGUUAUCCAGGUUUGAUCGGUAUGGCAGAUCAAGGCAUUGUUUAUGCAAAAGAUUUCGUGGAUGCUUUGAAGAAAAAACAUGCUUCUAAUUCUUACAAAAAAAUGGUGAUAUAUGUGGAAGCAUGUUAUUCUGCGAGCUUAUUUGAAGGGCUUCUUCCAAAUAAUAUGAGUAUCUAUGUAGCUACAUCUACCAAUGCACGUGAGUUGGGUUAUGGAUUUUACUGUCCCGAUAGUAAAAAUCUUUCAUCGACUGAGUAUACAAUAUGUUUGGGAGAUACCUUUGGUAUUUCUUGGAUGGAAGACAGUGACAAAAAUGAUAGGACAUAUGAAACUUUGCAACAGCAAUAUUUUACCGUUCGGGAUAGAGUAAUUAGUCAUCGAAACUUUGCUUCUCACGUGACACAAUUAGGAGAUUUAAAUAUCAGCAACGAUUUUCUAGUUACAUAUAUUAGUGCUGCCCCUCACAAUAAUGUUAGUGAUAACUACAAUCUCAGUAACACUACAAGCUUUGUCAGCCAAGAUGAUGCUUAUUUACUUCAUCUCAGACUUAAGUUGAAAAAGGCCCUAAAUGGUUCUGAGGAUAAAUUGAAAGUUCAAAACGAGUUGGAUGCUGAAAUUGCUCAUAGAAAGCAUGUGGACAACAAUAUCGAUCUCAUAGAAAAUAUUUUGUUUGGAGAAAAGAAGAAGAGCUCUGCUAUGAUGUUUGAUUUUCGGUCAAUUGACCAACCUCUUGUCGAUGAUUGGAACUGUCUUAAAAUACUUUUUAAAACUUAUGAGAGUCAGUGUGGUAUCUUAUCAACCUAUGGAAGGAAAUACUCAAAAGCCUUUGCUUAUAUGUGUAAUAUUGGCAUUUCAGAGAAGCAAAUGAUUGCAGUAGUAUCUCAAGUUUGUCCAGGGAUAUAA